AGUAUUAGUAUAUAAAAUCAAGUUAGUGUGUAUAAGGAUCAUAGAAGUAUCCGCCCUCCAACUUAUAAAAAUCAUGUUUAGAUGAACAUAUUAAUGUAAGGUCUGAUAGGAUUUGCAUAUGUAAGGUGUAAAUUGUAAUAAAGCUACUAAGCUAAACUAGACUAUUCAAAUUUUAGUUGUAAAAAUUACUAGCUUGAUGUCAAAACUAGCCAAAACUGUGAAACAACUACUAAGCUGAUUUUAUGAGUGAUUAACAAAUAUUUGAUAAUGAUUUUUCCCUCAUCUGUAACUGCAGAUGUCAGUUGAUGAAGCUUAUUACAAGUAAAACAUCAUGUCAUUCGUUCUUUCCUUUUCGCUUUUGAUUUUCCCUUUUGAAUAAUGAAUCUUAAUAAUUACUACAUUCAUGAAGUAUAGAUGAAAGGGGUUCUUGCUGUAGAUUCAAGGAUGUUAUUAGGACUAAGAUGAGUGGUUUCAGUUAGAAUGCAGCCAUUCUUUUUAUCUUAUUGUUAUAGCGUGUUGACUAAUAUUGCGGAUAACUGCUAUGUGAUCCCUGUUACUCUGUGCAGAUAGUUUUGCCAUUUUUUACCUUUGUAUUAUUGUGUAUUUCAUGCAGGUUCUUACUGGCUGUUAUUGUUAUAUCAUCAUGCCUCCAAAGGGCAUGAAGCGUGGUUCUCGAACUGUACCUCCCGAUAUAAUUAGCAAUCUUCCUGAAAAUAUAAUAGAUGCCAUAAUGAUGCAUUUGCCUUUACGAGAUGCUGUGAGGACAAGCAUCUUAUCGAGGAAGUGGAGGUAUAACUGGUGCAGACUUCCAGAGUUGACACUUGAUCAAGCACUUUGGGAAAUGACAGAUAACGGAAUAUCCCCUACGAUUAGAUUUACAGACUUAAUCUUCCACCUUUUGACCCUCCAUGUCGGACCAAUUUCCAAGUUUACACUCUCCAUUGCUACUCUGGGGAACUGUCCCAAAAUUGACAACUUGAUCUGCUUCCUCUCUAGGAAUGGCAUUCAAAACCUUGUUCUUCAAUUUCCAAAGGGUAACCUAUACAAAUUGCCUUCUUCAUUUUUCUUGUGUUCGCAAAUGAGACAUUUGAGUCUCAAUAAUUGUUUAUUAAAUCCUCCCCCUGCUUUCAAAGGAUUUGAUAAGUUAGUUAGCCUGGAACUUUGUGAAGUCACAAUUUCUUCCAAAUAUUUUGGAACUCUAAUCUCUUGUUGCCCGUUGCUCGAGCAGUUGGUGCUGUACUCAAGUAUCACAAACCACAUUCAAAUUACAUCUCCCAAGUUGAUAUCCUUUGACUUCACGGGCCGUAUAAACUUUAUUUCUUUAAAAGAUGUCCCUCUUCUCGCAAAACUUUCACUUGUAGAUACCGGAUAUUCUGAGAAGGCAGGAAAAUGUGGUAUUGCCAAGUUUCUUGAGUCUUUUCCUGCUCUCGAGCAUCUCCAUUUGGAUUAUUAUAGUCUCCGGUUCUUUGCAGGUGAAGUACCAGAACAGCUCCCCUCUGCUCUUAACUGUCUUAAACGUCUUUGCCUAUCCGAUAUUUCUCUAGAUGAACUAGAUGUGGCUUCAUGUGCUCUUUGCUUGAUAAAAAGCUCCCCCAAUUUACAAGAAAUCGAAAUUGAGGUGUAUGAUGAAUGGGUUGAGCGAACGGCGGAUGAUGUUAUCGAUGCUAUUCUAGAGCAAGUUGAAGGCUUAUCAGAUGUGACAUUGAAUCACCUCAGAGCUGUUAAGCUUACUGGUAUAACAGGCACAGAACCCGAAAUGGAACUUAUCAAGUUUCUCUUAGCCAAGUCUCCGAUUCUCAGUAGAAUGCUAAUCAAGCCCGGGCUUGGAGAUGGAUCUCCUGAAACAAGACUCGAGGUACUCGCAGAGAUAACACAAUUUCGUCGGGCAUCACCUAAGGCAGAAGUUGUUUAUAAACUUACAUAGAUUACUAUCGAGAAUAUCACAAUGCUGUUUAACUCUACUUGUCUUUUUGCAAGACCAUGUUCUAUUGAAUAUUCCUGUUUAAUUUCUUCUUUAUUCACUAUUGAAGAAUCUUUUAAAAAGGCAAUCAACUGCAUUUCAAUUCUUUGACUA